AUGUCAACUGUGGGUGUAGCUUCUUCCUCGUCUUCUUCUAUUGAGAUGGAUGAGGCUGGUAAGAAGAUGAUUGCAGUGGGUGGAAUGCAGAACAUGGCGUGGGCUGCGGACACGUCCAAGUUUGGUUUUAAGAUGCUUGUUAAAAUGGGUUGGUCAGCUGGUAAAGGUGUAGGAAAGGAUCUUCAGGGCCAAGCAACACAUGUGAAGAUCUCAAGACGAUCCGAGAAUUUGGGUGUAGGCUGUAGUCUUAAGCAGGCAGAAGUGCAGGGCUGGGCUGAAACAGCAGGAGACUUUGCAGAUGUGCUGAAAACACUAAACAAAUCAUACGGUAGCAAGUCAAGUGUCGAGACCAACAGAAACGCUGAUGAAAGCUCUAGUAGUAUCAAGAUGAAGCAGAAGAAGGACAAGGAGAAGAAGAAGGACAAGGAGAAGGAGAAGAAGAAGAAGAAGAAGAAGAGCAAAAAAGUUGAGAAAACUAUCGUCUCACGACGACUUCAUUACCGUAAACGACAGAUUCAUAAGGAUGCAAAGAAUUACGGAGCUUGUGAAAUGGCUGCCAUUCUAGGUGCUGCAUCAUCUGUCUACAAGUCAAGUAUUGAAUAA